UAAUUCGCUUGAUUUUGAUUUAAUACAUUUUUGAUCUCUAUGAAAUUUUGCUUAACAAUCAACGUGUAAUUUCUAGUGCGUUCGUUAUUUUAACCAAACAGUGAAAGGUUAAUUCCGUUGCCGAUUUGCGUCCGAAUUGUGUGACAUAGACAGUAAAAAUAAAUUAAAAACAGGCCAACGUCCUCCAGUGCAGCGAAAAGUCGCUAACGGUACGGCAAACAGAAAAAACAACAAAACUCAUUUUAAUGUGUAAUAAUUUUGAGAAAAAGCGUUACUCAAUCAACGGCAAAGAGUAUUAUUAUAUUACAAGUAGUACAACAACAAAAUCAGCGUACAACUUGUCGCUGAUAGGUGGCUAAAAUCCUAAAAAAAAAAACGCGAGCUGCAAUCGGGUGAUAAGCUGUAUCUGCCAGUGAGCAAACAAGCAACGCCUCAAGCUGACGCCGACACCGACUAAAAUGUCAACGGAGCGAGAGCUGGCCGGAGGGCCAGCUCAGCUCCAAUUGCCGUUGACAUUUCCUCCCGAUUUGGGCACAUCUCUGCAGCUAAACUCGGCAGUGGGACUAAUGAGCAAGGUUUAUGAGUCACAGUGGACCCCCUCGCCCACGCGGCCUCAGAGCCCCUCUCAGGCGCAGACUAGCUUCGACACGCUCACAUCACCACCAACGCCUGGCUCAUCGGUAAAUCCCACCGCUGUAACCAGUCCAAGUGCUCAGAAUGUGGCGUCUGGCGGUGCCACUGUGGGUGGUGCUGCUGCAGCUGCCGCUGCACAGGUUGCCUCCGCUUUGGGCUCCACGGGCAGCGUAUCGGCAGCAAUUGCCGCAGCGGCUGCAUCGCCCACCACUCAACCGGAUGCGCCAGUGUUUACGUGCCCGCGUCGACCGAAUCUGGGACGUGAGGGCAGGCCAAUUGUUUUGCGUGCCAAUCACUUUCAGGUGACCAUGCCGCGUGGAUUUGUGCAUCACUAUGACAUCAAUAUACAGCCGGACAAGUGUCCGCGCAAGGUGAAUCGUGAGAUCAUCGAGACCAUGGUGCAUGCCUAUAGCAAGAUCUUUGGCGUAUUGAAGCCCGUGUUUGAUGGACGCAAUAAUUUGUAUACACGCGAUCCGUUGCCCAUUGGCAAUGAGCGUCUAGAGCUGGAGGUGACACUGCCUGGCGAGGGCAAGGAUCGCAUCUUUCGUGUGACGAUCAAGUGGCAAGCACAGGUGUCGCUUUUCAAUCUGGAGGAGGCGCUCGAAGGACGCACCAGGCAAAUACCAUACGAUGCCAUCUUGGCGCUGGAUGUAGUUAUGCGCCACUUGCCCAGCAUGACAUAUACACCCGUGGGACGCAGUUUCUUCAGCUCACCCGAUGGCUAUUAUCAUCCAUUGGGCGGCGGUCGUGAGGUCUGGUUUGGUUUCCAUCAAAGCGUGCGUCCAUCUCAAUGGAAAAUGAUGCUCAAUAUUGAUGUGUCGGCUACGGCUUUCUACAAGGCACAGCCUGUCAUAGACUUUAUGUGCGAGGUGCUGGACAUACGUGACAUUAACGAGCAGCGCAAGCCGCUCACCGAUUCGCAGCGUGUCAAGUUCACCAAGGAAAUCAAGGGGCUCAAGAUUGAGAUAACGCACUGUGGACAAAUGCGUCGCAAGUAUCGUGUCUGCAAUGUUACGCGACGUCCAGCGCAAAUGCAAUCCUUCCCACUGCAGCUGGAGAACGGCCAGACUGUGGAGUGCACAGUGGCCAAAUAUUUCCUGGACAAGUAUCGCAUGAAGCUGCGCUAUCCGCACUUGCCUUGCCUGCAAGUGGGUCAGGAGCACAAGCACACUUACUUGCCACUGGAGGUGUGCAACAUUGUCGCUGGUCAGCGUUGCAUUAAGAAAUUGACCGAUAUGCAGACCUCGACUAUGAUCAAGGCCACUGCACGCUCUGCGCCAGAUCGUGAGCGCGAGAUUAAUAAUCUUGUGAAGCGUGCUGACUUCAACAACGAUUCAUAUGUGCAGGAGUUUGGUUUGACCAUCUCAAAUUCCAUGAUGGAGGUGCGCGGACGUGUGCUGCCGCCACCCAAGCUUCAAUAUGGGGGACGUGUGUCAUCGGGCAUGACUGGGCAGCAGCUGUAUCCGCCGCAGAACAAGGUGAGCUUGGCGUCACCCAAUCAGGGUGUCUGGGAUAUGCGUGGCAAGCAGUUCUUCACCGGCGUGGAGAUACGCGUCUGGGCCAUUGCCUGCUUUGCACCACAGCGCACGGUGCGCGAGGAUGCUUUGCGUAAUUUCACGCAGCAGCUGCAGAAGAUCUCAAAUGAUGCAGGCAUGCCCAUCAUAGGGCAGCCUUGCUUCUGCAAAUAUGCCACCGGACCGGAUCAGGUGGAGCCAAUGUUUCGUUAUCUAAAGAUCACAUUCCCCGGGCUGCAGCUGGUGGUAGUGGUGCUGCCAGGCAAGACGCCCGUCUAUGCUGAGGUGAAGCGUGUGGGCGACACUGUGCUGGGCAUGGCAACGCAAUGUGUGCAGGCCAAGAAUGUGAACAAGACCUCGCCACAGACGCUGUCCAAUCUGUGCCUCAAGAUCAACGUCAAGCUGGGCGGCAUUAAUUCCAUUCUGGUGCCCUCCAUACGUCCCAAGGUCUUCAACGAGCCCGUUAUCUUUUUGGGCGCUGAUGUGACACAUCCACCCGCUGGCGACAACAAGAAGCCCUCCAUAGCAGCUGUUGUGGGCUCCAUGGAUGCGCAUCCUUCGCGCUAUGCAGCCACCGUGCGUGUGCAGCAGCAUCGCCAGGAGAUUAUCCAAGAGCUAAGCAGCAUGGUGCGCGAACUGCUCAUUAUGUUCUACAAAUCCACCGGCGGCUAUAAGCCACAUCGAAUCAUACUCUAUCGCGAUGGUGUCUCCGAGGGACAAUUCCCACAUGUGCUGCAGCAUGAGCUGACCGCCAUACGUGAGGCCUGCAUCAAGCUCGAGCCCGAAUACCGUCCAGGUAUUACCUUCAUUGUGGUGCAGAAACGUCAUCACACGCGUCUCUUCUGCGCCGAGAAGAAGGAGCAGAGCGGCAAAUCGGGCAACAUACCCGCUGGCACCACCGUCGACGUGGGCAUCACUCAUCCCACAGAAUUUGAUUUCUAUCUGUGCAGUCAUCAGGGCAUCCAAGGCACCAGCCGUCCCUCACAUUAUCACGUGCUAUGGGAUGACAAUCACUUCGAUUCCGAUGAGCUGCAGUGCCUCACCUAUCAACUGUGCCACACCUAUGUGCGUUGCACACGCUCCGUUAGCAUACCAGCGCCAGCCUACUAUGCACACUUGGUUGCCUUCCGUGCCAGAUAUCACUUGGUGGAGAAGGAGCACGAUUCGGGCGAGGGCUCACAUCAGAGCGGCUCAUCUGAGGAUCGCACACCAGGUGCUAUGGCACGUGCUAUAACUGUGCACGCCGACACCAAAAAGGUCAUGUACUUUGCCUAAAAAGUAACUUUAACGACGCCAAAAAACAAAAUUACAAUCACAAUACACACACACACCCCCCCAACCCAACACACAUACAAAUACACUAACAGCAGAUUUCGAAAUGUUAUUCGAAUAAUUCGCAAUGAACAACUCAAUGUGUGAUGUGUACACAAAAAGCCAAGCCGAAAGCAUUAGAUUUAUAAGUUUAAAAGUUCUAAUUUGUUUAAUUGUAAAGUAGUAGGAUGAGUAUGAGAGGAGCGUAGGUUGUUUAGUUUGCAUGAAACUAACAUAACAAACACACACACACACACACACACACGCAAGAGGUAAACACCAAACCAAUAUAUGGAUUAUAUAUCUUAAUAGGGAUUAUCUAACGUAUAGGGGAUCAUCUAUCGUAUAGGGAUUAUCAAUCGUAAGGGAAUCGAAUGUUUAACAGCACAACUUUGUGUAUAACUCUCACAAUAGCUAAAACAAAAAAGAAAAC